UGAUCAGUUCAAGUCGCACGACUUAUGAUACGAAUACAUUACGACUACGAUACCAAUACAUUUCUCAACCAGAGAGAGGCGUUGCGAGGUCAGUAAUAGCUGGCGGUUAGAGCUGCGUGCAUGUGAGCUGUAUUCAUUUUUUUUUGUCAUCUUAAAACUGUGAUUCUUGGAACCACUAAAAUGAAGAUAAAAUCAGAGUUACUAGUACAUCCGACACCGGAACAGUCGAAGGAGAUCAGAAUUGAACUAAAUGAAGACAUCAACACCAGAGACCAAGAUCUUGCAGCCAUCAAGGAAUGGCUCAGAAAAGAACCCCAUCUACCUAAUGAAUGGGAGGAUAAUCCAUUGAUGACCUUUCUCCGAGGAAGCAGUUUCUCUUUAGAAAAGUGCAAACGUAAACUGGACAUGUACUUCACAAUGAGGGCGGCUUGCCCCGAAUUCUUCACUAACAGAGAUGCGACCAGCCCAGCCUUAAGAGAGAUUCUUAAGGAUAAAUUACAAGGGCCUGCAUUACCAGGUGUGACGCCGAAAGGUAGACGAGUCACAAUAUGCCGCGGUUUACACCUAAAUCUUGACUCCCAGCAAAUCAUCGAUGCCCUGAAACUAGCUCUCAUGAUCGGUGACGUCAGACUCGUGGAAGAAACAGUAGGCGUAGCUGGUGACAUCUACGUUCUGGAUGCAGCCGUGCUCGGUGCAAGUCUUCUUGGAAAGGUGUCACCGUCCACUAUCAAGAAAUUUAUGAUCUGUGUCCAGGAAGCAUACCCAGUGAAACUAAAGGAAGUGCAUAUUAUAAAUACUUCAGCAAUUGUUGAACGAUUCUUAAGCUUAGUAAAACCAUUUCUUAAAGAGAAGAUAAGGAAACGGAUCUUCAUCCACAAAGAAUUGAAAGAUCUCUAUAAGUAUGUGCCUCGAGAAAUGCUGCCACAGGAAUACGGAGGCCAAUGUGGCACCAUGGAUGAGCUUCAAGAAAAAUGGAGCCAGAAACUUAUUGACUACAGAGAUUGGUUCAAACGUCAAGAUGCGCUGAUAGCCAACGAAAGCCUUCGACCAGGAAAACCUACCAACUACGAUGAGCUAUUCGGAAUCGACGGUUCAUUCAGGCAGCUAGCCAUUGACUGAUAUUCAAACUUUAAAAACUUUAUAACGUUUAGUGUUACUCCUGGUUUUGUCAGUAUCCCCUGACAAACCCUUGAUCUAGUAAUUACAACACACAAAAGUUAUUGCAUCUCGCUUUCUCGUAUGUGAUAAUUAUUUUUAUCGCUAUUAUUACAAAUCAGUUGUCCUGCUCCCCCUUAAUUCAAUACUUGAAAAGUACAGAAUAACAAAUUUUAAUUAUAAGGGAAUUUUAAUGUGUGAUGAUUUUUACAAUUAGUGUUACUUAGUUUUAGAUGUUCGUUGUAAUUGGUGAUUGUUACAUACUAAUUUCGAUAUGAUGAAGUUUUUAGCUCUCUUUAAGCGAAUAUAUGCUAGCACAUUUUUUUAUAUUAAAAUGUUUAAAGAAUACAAAUAUGGAAAAUCAUAUCGGAUAACUUACGUAUUCAAAUAUAUACCUCAUAUAUAUUUUACUUUUUCUGGAUUACUAUACAAUAUUUAGAUUUUAGUUUAAGGAGUAAAAAAUAUUUUUUUGUGUAAAAUAGUGUGAUUUUAUAUUCAACGAAUAAAUACCUGUGCCAGAUACAUUUUAAAAUCACAAAUAUUAAAAGAUAAUUUGACAUA